AUGAAUAAAAAUAUAGAGAGAUACAUAAUAACUUCAAUUUUUGAAAAAAUAUCUCAAGGUAGUAUUGAAAGUGUUUUUGAAAUGGAGCUACCAGAAAAUGUAAGAAUAAGAAUAAGAGUAUAUGAAGAUGAAGAUGAUGUUGAAGCUAUAAAUAACUUAGAGAAUGAUUCUUUUGUAGUAAUUAUUCUCUCUUAUCAAACAAAGAAUGACUCAACCAAACCGAAUAUUAAAGGCAAUCAGUAUAAUGGUUUUAUAAAUUUUCAAACCAAUUAUCAAUUUAGACCAACAACCUCAACCACAACAAAUAGAUCAAUAAUUAAUACUCAAUCUUCAAAUCCGGAUAGAAUUUCAACCUAUAAUUCAUCAGAAUACUAUUCAAAUACCAACACCCAACUCAAUUCUUUCUCCAACAACUCAAUACAAAAUGAAACAUAUUCCAAUCAUACUCAAAACUCAUUUAAUAAUAAUUUUGAUAUUGAAUACGAUUAUAAUAUUGAGAAUAAUAAUAAUAAUAAUAUUAAUAAUAAUUUUAAUUAUAACACUAAUAAUAUGAAUUAUAUUAAUAAUAAUCCUCAUCAAAAUGAUAGUGGUGGUAAUAAUAAUAAUAUAUAUCCAACUAACUAUAAUUAUAACCUAUAUUAUCAGGCUUUUACUUCAAAUCAGUUAUUUCAGUUUCAAAGCUUUAUGGAAGACCAACACUAUGAACAAAGCUACUAUGAAGAAGAAGAAGAAGAAGAAGAAGAAGAAGAAGAAGAAGAAGAAGAAGAAGAAGAGAAUGAACAGGAGGAGGAAGAAGAAGACAAAGACGAAGAUGAUGAAGAAGAAGAAGAAGAAGAUGAUGAUGAGGAUUAUUAG